GGAUUGGUCAGCUCAAGGCACUGUUUCGUGGGGGUCUGUAACCUUUUUGUACUAAUAUGCAAAGUUAAACCAAAUACAUUACGGGUGUAUUGCCUUUUUUACCGGGGAGAAGAUUUUUUAUUAUUUAUUGAGAAACAUUUGUGUAAAAUGAAAGUGAAGGUUUCUGUAAUUUGCAAAACGGAUUUUCCCAUAUACUCUCUGGAAUAUUAUAUUAAUAAUCAGAAAGAACAGCUAUUAUUGGGUGGUGGAGGCGGUAGCGGCCCCACUGGAGUACCUAAUAAAUUGGCCCUCUUGAAUUUAGAUCCUUCCGCUAAGGAUCCUUUAAAGGAUAUAUGUGUUGGAGAUAAGGCAGUGAUGAAUCUGUGUUUGCACCCCAGUAGAGAAUUAGUUAUUUGUGGUCUGGAUGCUUUUUCUAAAGUCUACAAGCUUCCAUCUUUGGAGGAAACUGGAAAGGUGUUUAAAACGGUUAAUGAUAACCAUAACUAUCAAAAGGUGAUUAAGUUUGACCUGGGAGGGGAUUUUCUUUUUACAGGAGGUACAGAUGGUUAUUUAAAAAUUUGGAAGUACCCUGACUUCGUUUUGUGCAAAAAAUACGACUUUCAGUUUGAGAUUAACGACAUGUCGAUUCAACGUGGGGGUGCAGCGGUUGCUUGCACCUGUAAAGAUGGUUCUCUGCGUGUUGCGAAACUGAAACCCGCCGAAAGCUGCGAACCACUUGUGCUAACUUUUUAUAAUAAAAACGAAAAGUUUUCGAUAUUGAGCUGCAGCUACUACGGAGCGCUACUGUACGCCGUGGCUUCGAACUUCAGAACGGGCUUUUUUGUCCUUGUUUAUGACGCCGCUGGAUAUCGUAUGCUCUUUCAAAGAUGCCUGGGCUCAGAGCUACCUAUUAAGUUAUGCUUGAGUCCCUGCGGAAAUUACAUGGCUCUCGGCACUACAGAAGGAGAAGUUCUCAUCAUAGAUAAUAAAAAUCUUAAAAAAGUUGCUAAGUCCAAAGCACACUCGUGGUUUGUUUCCUCUCUUGCUUGGAACGAAGACUCCACGACGGUGUUUAGUGGUGGCGGAGAUUCUGCUGUAUGUAAAACGAAGCUCCUGCACUGCUCUCUUGACUGUCAUAAGUUUAUACUGUUAUUGAGCCUUAUCGUGACUGCGCUAGCCGUAUGGCUGCAAUUUUUUCGAAAUUUUUUCUUUAAGUACGAAUGA